GUCAGUUCUGCUUUGGUUGACAAGGUCUUCACUGUACAUCCGCCUGCGCGACAGCAGCUCUCUGCAGCGGCGCGCCGCCCAGACUGGGGUUAGAGCCAGAGAGGAGAGCUUGGCAGGGAAGACUGAGGCUGACCAGCUCUAUCAGUCCGGGAUACGAACGAUAGUGAAGCUACCCUGCGGGAAAUGUUUUAAUAUAUCUUCAAGGACAAAAGGUGGUUCUUGGAGAGCUGCUUUUACGCAGACCAAUAGGAAGAGCGGAGCGUGGACGCAUCUGCCUGCCACCAUGUCCGCGGCUACAGCCUCAGUCGCAGAUGUGAGAUUAGAGAAAGAAGACAGCCGCAGAAACUCCGGCCGUCCACAGGCUCAGUGCAUCCCGAUGCCCCUGCCGGCUGUGGGCCGGCAAAGGAUCGUCAAGGGGAACGGGACCAAUGUGGGCACAGUCAUUUCCCUGCACUGCCCACCCUGGCAACGGUCGGUGGAAAAAAAUAUUACGUGCAUCAUGGGCACCAACGGCCCUCAAUGGGACGAGAGGGCCUUCUGUCAGCCUUUUUCCCCCUAUGGGGACUAUGGUUUCCGUGUAGCUGUCCUGGCAUCCAUUAUAAGCUCAGGAAUAAUCUUGCUCAUGUCUGUGGCCUUCAUCACCUGCUGUUUACUGGACUGCAUCGAAGAUGAGAAAAGCAAAAACCAAAGAGAGUCUGAUGGUCCCUCCUGGGAGGGUCAGGACCAAUGGCAGGAGGACAGAAGGUCUGGUUACAGUCAUAAAGGCUGGAACAACAACAAUAACAAUGCAGAGGAGAAGGUGCUACCUUGGUGGGAAACUGCAAACCCAGUCAUGUGUGAAAACUUUCGACCGUGCAGAUGUCAGCAGCAGUACGCCAGUGGUUCCCCAAUGCCGCGUCUUGCUGCCCUUCCUGGACAGGACUAUGACCAGCCCCUUUUACCCCAAAACCUGUCCGCUUGUCCACCUGAGUAUCCAGGACCUCCUCUCUCCCCGUGUCCAGCUGCAAACUCAGGACUGGUUCACUUCUCAGCACCGGGGUCGGGACAGGUGUGGCAGUAUGCGGGACAGCCGUACAAUAUGUCUGAAGUCACCCCAGGAAACGCAAGGAAUAUAAACACAAACAGGAAUAUAACCCCCAAAGAAGUUUCCAUCAAGAUCAUAUCAGUGUGAAGCUUUGUUUCUGACAGAGUAAAGAUUUAAGUUGACUGCAUUAAGUCUAACAACUUCAACUCAUAAAUGAGUCAUCAGAAAGCAGUAUGUUUGGGGAACAAAACAAAAAUCCUGAAAGUCUGUGGUACAAUGGUUUAUAGACGCUCACCUGACACCACAGCUUCUGCUGCAAAUCAAACUGUGAUAGCACACUGCCCCCUGGAGGAAGCUAUGAGCCAAUGCAGUUUUAGUAUGUCUGCCAUCCUGGGAAUACAAAAUCCUGACAUUAAAUGAUGUAAACAGUUUCACGCCUAAAACAAAAUCUCUAAAGGUUAAGGAUGUUCACUGGAAAAUACAUAUCAAUGUGCAAGAAUCUGCUCUAGAAAUGUUUUGACUUUCAAUGCCUGCAUAAUGAUGUCAAUAAUGAUUCAAACUUAUUAAAUCCUUUUAAAAUAGA